AUGUUUGCGCGUUUUGUUGGAAUUGGUGUUGGACACGAGGUCCAAUACACAUCUUCAGCAAUCAGACAAGAUUGCAGUGAACAUCAGGAUGAACCAUUCAGUUGCGAAAAUGACUUGGACAGUAUGGAUGAUGAUAGCGAGGUGAUAGGCGACAUACGUGAGCUAAGGGGCGACUCAGAUGAAGACGAGGCUGAGGAAGUCGAUGAUGAAAGCGAUGGUGGCAGCAGCAGUACCAAUGAAAUAGCUGACGAUGACUCAGAAUCAGUUUCUGAGCCGGAGGACGACGCAGAAGAGGACGAUUGGGAGGAUUAUGACUUGGAUGACUCGGAGAACCUAUAUAAAUUUUAG